AUGGCUCACGACUCGGCUCCGGUUUCGACCCUAGGAGGGUUCCUAGCCGGCGGUAUUGCUGCUUGCGGCGCGGUUACGUUCACAAAUCCCAUUGAACUUGUGAAAACGAGAAUGCAACUCCAGGGAGAACUAGCUGCAAAUCAAGCCGUCAAGAUGUACCGAAACCCGAUUCAGGCAUUUGCAGUUAUUUAUCGAAACGAAGGUAUUCGCGGGCUUCAACAGGGGUUGGUUUGCGGGUACUUGAACCAGCUCUGUCUCAAUGGGUGUCGGAUAGGAUUAUAUGAGCCGUGUAGGUACCAGCUCACCAAGGUGUUAAAUCCGGAUAGUAUAGUGGAAGGACAAAAAGUGCCGCAGGCGGUUUCGAUCAAUAUUGUUUCUGGUUUCCUCGCUGGAUCUGCCGGAGCGGUGUUGGCUUCGCCGUUUUUUCUCAUCAAAACUCGAAUGCAAUCGUAUUCUUCGGCCGCAGCCACAGGAAAAAUCCACACUUCCACCGGCCAACAGACCUACUACAAAAACACCGCCGAUGGUCUUCGAAAAAUAUAUGGUAGUGAAGGGUUCAAAGGACUUUUCCGAGGAGUCGACGCGGCGAUUUUUCGAACCGGAGCAGGCUCGGCAGCUCAACUUCCUCUAUACUACUUCACCAAGCAACAGUUUGAAAAACACACCAGCAUUGAUCCCUCAGCACCAUCCACCCAUUUUUUGCUGUCUCUCGUUGCCGGAGUCGGUGUGGCCAUCGUGAUGAACCCAGGUGACGUGGUUCUCACCAGAGUGUACAAUCAAAAGGGAAAUUUGUACCGGGGUCCCAUAGACUGUCUUGUCAAGACGGUUACCACCGAAGGUGUAGCAGCCCUUUAUAAAGGGUUUUGGGCACAACUUUUGCGGAUUGGUCCACACACCAUCCUCACCCUCAUGUUCAUGGAGCAAAGUAUGAGGGCUAUGGCAAAAAUCGAGGGCGAGGGCCGCAAGUAUUUAUUUGGAUAG